AUGAUCAAGCUAGAGAUUGUCGAGCAAGCCAACAGAGCGCUGGUUCAGUCACGGCCGCUCGUUGCUGUAUUUGUGGGUGCUGCCCAAGGCACUGGCGAGUAUGCACUGCGCGAGCUUGCGAAGACACAUGGUGUCGAUGGAAAGGGCCUUAACGCCUACUUGGUCGCUAGAAACGAAGAGCGAGCUGAGAAGAUUCUGGGACAAUGCAGAGACGUAUGCCCGAAUGGCCACUUCCACUACGUAAAGGCUGGCGACCUUUCACUCUUGCGGGAUGUUGAUGCUGUCUGCACGCGGCUUGAGACGGCGUUCAAGGAGGACAGACCAGGAGGCAAUGCGCCGAACAUCGAUAUUCUGUGCUUAACCCACAUCAUCUCCCGCUUCGGACCUCCGACCUACUUGAUCAAGGCUGAUGUCCUCGGCGCAGUCACCGACGAAGGCCUCGAGACCACCAUGUCUCUGCACUACUACUCUCGAAUGCGCUUCAUCACGAAUCUGCUUCUGUAUUUGACCACAUCAGAGCACACAGCGCAUAUCAUAUCCAUCUGCUCCGCCGGCGCUGAGAUUCUAUGGGGUACCUUCUAUCCGGACGAUCUCUCGCUUUCAAAAGAUCCGAAGGCGCACUACACCUACGUCAACUGUCGUGCGCAUACUACCCGCAUGAUGACCAUGUUCUUCGAGACUCUAGCGCAGCAACAUCGGGGCAAGCUGAGCCUAAUACACUCCUAUCCUGGUAUGGUCUUCGGGCCUACGCACUGGUCGUCAUUGCAGCCCAUCUGGUUCCAGAUCUUACAAAGGGUACUCUAUGCCGCUCGUUACUUCAUCGCAACGUCACCUGAAGAAAGUGGUCAGCGCACUGUCUUUUACGCCACUUCGCGAUACCCUGCUCGAAGUGGAAGCGGUCAAGCUAGCAGAGAUGUUGCGAUGAGUACAGAUCGAGUCGUCGGAGGCGGGUCUUACUCUUGCUGGUCUGGGAAUGAUGAUAUCAAUGUUGAAAAGGCGUACACGGACUUGAAGAAGGAUGGGUUUCAAGCCAGAGUUUGGGAUCAUACGAACGAGGUGUUGGAGACGAUCUCGAAUGGGCAGCGCUUCAUCGAAUAG